AUGUCUGCUCGGGAGUCCUUUAACCCGGAAAGUUAUGAACUGGACAAGAGCUUCCGCCUAACCAGGUUUACUGAACUGAAAGGCACAGGCUGCAAAGUACCCCAAGAUGUCUUGCAGAAAUUGCUGGAAUCUUUACAAGAGAACCACUUCCAAGAAGAUGAGCAGUUUCUGGGAGCUGUUAUGCCACGGCUUGGCAUUGGGAUGGAUACUUGUGUCAUUCCUUUGAGGCAUGGUGGGCUUUCCUUGGUUCAAACCACAGAUUACAUUUAUCCUAUUGUCGACGACCCCUACAUGAUGGGCAGGAUAGCAUGUGCUAAUGUCCUCAGUGAUCUCUAUGCAAUGGGCGUCACAGAGUGUGACAAUAUGCUGAUGCUCCUUGGAGUCAGCAAUAAGAUGACUGACAGGGAAAGGGAUAAAGUGAUACCGCUAAUUAUACAGGGUUUUAAAGAUGCGGCAGAGGAAGCGGGAACCUCUGUAACGGGCGGUCAAACAGUGUUAAACCCCUGGAUUGUUCUGGGAGGAGUCGCCACAACUGUCUGCCAGCCCAAUGAAUUUAUCAUGCCAGAUAACGCAGUCCCAGGGGAUGUGCUGGUACUGACAAAACCGCUGGGGACACAAGUUGCAGUUGCUGUACACCAGUGGCUGGAUAUUCCUGAAAAAUGGAAUAAAAUUAAGCUAGUGGUCACCCAAGAAGAUGUAGAAUUGGCGUACCAAGAAGCGAUGAUGAACAUGGCACGACUCAACAGGACAGCUGCAGGCCUUAUGCACACAUUCAAUGCUCAUGCAGCCACUGACAUCACAGGCUUCGGGAUUCUGGGCCAUGCACAGAACCUGGCCAAGCAGCAGAGGAAUGAAGUGUCGUUUGUGAUUCACAACCUUCCAGUGCUGGCCAAGAUGGCAGCUGUGAGCAAAGCCUGCGGGAACAUGUUCGGCCUCAUGCACGGGACCUGCCCGGAGACAUCAGGAGGCCUGCUCAUCUGUUUACCACGUGAGCAAGCAGCUCGGUUCUGUGCAGAAAUAAAGUCCCCCAAGUAUGGCGAAGGCCACCAAGCAUGGAUUAUUGGGAUUGUAGAGAAGGGCAACCGCACAGCCAGAAUCAUCGACAAACCUCGGAUUAUCGAAGUCGCACCUCAAAUAGCCACGCAAAACGUGAAUCCCACACCUGGUGCCACCUCCUAAUCUAGACAGAGAUAGCUAUUGGAUUUUGUUUUUAAAUAGAUCUAUUUCCUUUAUCAUCACUUUGAUUAAAGACUCGAUAAGAACAACAAAAAUCUCAUUGUGUCUACACAUCUGGUGACCCUAGGUCGGUUUGUGAGUGGAUGCAAUUAAUAAAAAGAAAUCCAUGGCCUUCUUUUCCUGUUACAUUAACUGAAGAUGCACCCAACCUCGAGGCAGCUUCUGAGUUGAGAAUGAUAUUGUUAUCCAAUACUGUUGAUUCAUUUUGAAUCUUUAGAUGCGUAUCUCUUGCCGCAUAGGCGCUUUCUAAAGGUGCUUCCCACCCUAGACAUUACUGAGAGCAGUGUCACCUGGCAGUCUGUGUCUUCUCGUGUCUAUAAAUUGUCUCAGUUGACAUUCUAGAAAGGCAGAAUUGGUAAGUGACGUGGUGGCCUCCCAGUCGUCAGAGGGUUGCAUGAGUCCUUUGAGUCUUUGGUUUGUAAAGAGCUGAGUCUAACAACUCGAGGGCAUUUCUUCUACCCAGGACAUUCUCCAGUCGCUCACUCAGACUCAGUUCAGUAAGGUUUACUCUGCAUGGAAAGCACUUAGAAUUAAAAAAGAUUUUUUUUUAAAAGCUUUCCUGAUACUUGCAGUAAUACCAUUAAUGGUUCUUUACCAAUAGGAAAAAGGAUACUUUUUGCAAUGUAAUUAGAUGUUCUGUAGUGUGACAAGGAAUUGCCUUCCAAUAGGGGAUUCAUGUAUAAUACUCAUUUAUAAUUCAAUAUCUAAUUUACUUCGCAAAUAAUUUUUAAAUAUAAUCAAUAAUGACUGUUCUGUGGAUGGUAGCAUUUAAUACAUUUUAUAUUUUGUAUAGUGAUUUCAGGCCUCUUGUUUAAAAUCAGCAGCUCUUUAGCCUAAUUCUUAGCAUCAUUUUGUCUCUGCGCCCAUACUUUUUUGUGCACGCAUUUUGUGAUCUGUCUAAAACCUGCAUUGCCAACAUUGCAGCUCAAAUUUAAAAGUUGUUAUUCAAAUAAAUAUUUAAUUUUUUUAAUUGCUCUUGUAUAAUCAGAUGCCCUUUUUAGUAUUAUUUUAGAAGCAUUUGGGAGGGUUUUGCCUAAAGUACAAUUUAUUGGGGAAAACUAGAUUUUAGUUUUAUAAAACUUUUAAGUCUUUCAUGGGACCUAUAUUUUCUUGAAUUAAAUUUUGUAGUUCUAGAACAAAUAGGCAGUCUACAAAGGUGUUAUCUGUGUUUCUUAAAAACAACAGGGGCUUCCUCACCUUUUAACCUAUGAAACAGCUGGGGUUCCCAUCGUUAAGCACAAGGGCACUGGGUCCUCACGCUCCUGUCUCCAGUAGAGAAAAGCACCACUUCUCCAGUUCACAGUGCUUCCUGCUAACGGGCCCAAAGCUGCACUUUGUAAACUCCCACCCUCACUCCUCAGCACAGAAAACCAGGAACCUGCCACUGGGCAAAUGGAAUUCCCUGAAAGGAAGGAAGCGAGCGGCUGCAGCGUGGCUGUCUCCUUCAGGAGCCACAGGACCUCCUGUAUCCACCUGGAGCUGGAACUGGAGCCACCAGAGUGUGGCCCCGAGCAGAGGAAGCUGUCACAGAAGGACAUAAUUGGACACUAUAUGGGAAUCGAUACGAUGUUUGUCCUCUAAAGUACACGCCAGUGGGCUGCAAAAUAAAAUGUGUUGGAAUCCUGAGUGCAGAAAA